UAUGAAGUCGCUACAUACUGAGAGGUAAACGAAGUUGUUGGAGGUAACGGGGGUCUAUCCGUAUGUUUAGCCUGUGUGUAUGAGCUCUCUACACGUCUUUAUAGUAUAACAGGUGAUGGGGGGUCUAACACAGAGGAUUUUACCCUAAAUCUGACUGGACUGGACUGGGAUUGGCAGGGAAACAGCUCAGCUAAUUAACAGCUGUGCUCAGACAGACCGGAGAAGCUGCUGCGCCCUGCUGCUGGAAUUUUAAACAGAAGUCCUGCCAUUCUUCUCUUGACAGCAGGACAACAGUUUUUAAAAGCCAGCCGCUGCUAAGGGGUAACUGUGCUCGCUUUCUAAUACUAGCUAAUCUAUAACUGUAGCUAGAUGAAGUACCCAGGACUGACGUGUGUAAUUUGACAUAAUGUAGCUAAGAUAAGCUAAGCUAGCUAUAUGCGCUUUAUUAUAACGGUAGACUGUGUUAUUCUGCUAGCUAGCCAGCUAACGGGAGACCAGCUGCGGGGAAUAUCAGUGGUGUGAGCUAUGAAUUACUUUAUUAUUAUUAGAAAAUUGUUUUAAAAAUAGCUAAAACACAAGCUAAACAGAUAGCUAACUCAAUAGCUAGCUAAUUAAGCUAUCCGUUAGCUCGCUAGCUAGGUUAGCUAGUUAACUAGCUAGCUCAAGUGACGAGUGUCUUUAAAUGAUACUUGAAAGUUAUAGCUAGCUUAUCUGAUUCACAUAGCGUGAUAACUAGCAACCCAACUUAGCUAGCUAAUAACUAAUGGUAAGCUUCUAGCUAGUUAGCUAGUAAAACCUUAAAGUGGUAGAUUAGCAAGAUAGCUAGCUGGAAAUCUAGCAACCCCUAACUAGCUAACGUUAGCUAAUAACUCAAUAUAAACUAGCUAGCUGAUAACUUCACUGUAAGUAGUAGUUAGAUUAGCAAGAUAGCUAGCCGGAGAGUUAGCACACCCCUAGCUGACAAGUCCACUAGCUAACUUAACCAGCUAAGUUAGCUAAAAACUAAAGCUAAGCUAACUAAUAACUUAAAUUAAGUGCUAGGCUAGCAUGCUAGCUAACUGGCUAGAUAGCAACCUCUAACUUAGCUGACUGGUCCACUUGCUAGCUUACCUAACUAGCUAACGUUAGCUGGUGAAAGACUAAAGCUAACCUAACUAACGGAUAACUUACUUACGCUAAGUGCUAGGCUAGCAUGCUAGCUAUCUAGGUAACUAGCAGCCCCUAACUGACAAGUCUACGAACCUAGCUAACCUAAAGAGUUAGCUAAGUAAUGUUCGCUAGCGCUAACCGGUUAGCUUUGUAGCUAUGCUAAUUUGCUAGUUAGCUAGCUAAUUAAAAUGUUGACACAAGACUUUCUAUCAGAUGUUAGGUAGUAAGCUAGCUAGCACGUUAAUAUAGUCAUAACGCUUCUAUCCUGCGUUAUGUUAAGCUAGCUAGUUACAUUAAUCCAUCACUGUCGCUCUAUUGAGGUCUUUAGCUAGGUUAGCUGAAAGGAUGGAAAGUCAGGAGGAGGGAAAGUCCAUUAGCGCUAGCCGCUCCAUCCCUGUACUUAUCGAUUAGGGACCAUUAGUGUAUGCUCUUAUUAGUUAUUUAGGGAUCUGUUGGAGAACUGGGAUCUAUAUUUGUAAAAACAAGCCCCGCUAAAUUGCUCCAGCAUGGAUAACGCCGGGGUCAGCGUGCUGUCAAGAGCCGGGGAAGGGGCAGCAGCAGCGGCUCACAGUCUGUCCGCGUUAGCCCCCUCCAACUCCUCUCAGCCCGGCUCUGAUAUCAAGGGCUGCGCCAACGGGGACCUGAUGGACUCUUUCGGCAUCUUCUUACAAGGCCUCCUAGGAGUGGUGGCCUUCAGCACACUUAUGUUGAAGCGCUUCAGAGAACCCAAGCACGAAAGAAGACCCUGGAGAAUCUGGUUUCUGGACACCUCCAAACAGGCCAUUGGGAUGCUGUUCAUUCACUUUGCCAAUGUCUACCUGUCUGACCUCACAGAGGAGGACCCAUGUUCACUAUACCUCAUAAACUUCCUGUUGGAUGCUACGUUGGGUAUGCUGGUGAUCUAUGGUGGCGUGAGGGCCGUAAGUGCUGUUGUCGAGUGGAGGCAGUGGGAUUCGCUACGCUUCGGAGAGUACGGAGAGCCAGUGCAGUGCACUGCCUGGGCGGGCCAGUGUGCGCUCUAUAUCCUCAUUAUGAUGUUCGAGAAGGUGGUCAUCAUCCUGGUGCUGCUCAUCCCGCAGUGGAAGAAGCUGGCUAUGCUGAACCCUAUUACAAACCCACAUCUGGAGCUGGCCAUCGUCAUGCUAAUCGUCCCCUUUUUUGUAAACGCUCUGAUGUUCUGGGUAGUAGAUAACUUCCUGAUGAAGAAAGGCAGGACAAAAGCCAAACUAGAGGAAAGAGAGGUGGGGGACGACUCUCGCGGCAGCAGCAAAGUGCGCUACAGGCGAGCCAUGUCUCACGAUGACUCAGAGUCUGAGAUCCUUUUCUCUGCAGACGAUGAAAUGGAGGAUUCGGAUGGUGACGAAGAUGUACGUAGGCUUACUGGUCUCAAACCAGUUAAGAAGAAAAAGCACAGGCUGGGUAUUCCCGUCUGAUGACGGUCAAGGGUUUAGACACUAUAGGUCCCCUACGUUCACGUUACGUUACCCACUCACCCUGCUGCCUUCUGCCGGCCGAACUGAGAGAACAGCACUGAGCCAAAUAAUCAAAUCUGUGCGGAGGUGAGAUCUGUAAGGAAAAGGUGAGGCAUAGGAAUUUGUCGUGAUGGUCUGAUGAUGGAGCCAUGAUGCUUUGGAAGUGUAUCCUUGUCAUGGAAUUUGGAGGAAAAUAAUUACAAUCUUUCUCUUUGUCACAACAGAGGUACCUUUUUUUUUCUAUUGACUUGACAAAAAAAUGAAACAUUUAUUUGUGAGAUCCAUUAACGGAUUUUUCUCCAGUCUUUCUCACACCUUUUUGGAAUUGGGAUGAUUGUGACCAAUUAAUUCCGGACUUUUUAAGGAAGCAGUGGGCGUCAUUAAAACUGUACUGACUAUAAUCUGCUGGCUGACAGUGACCUAAGUGGAUCUAAGCAUCUCCAGUUGUAGUAGAUCGGAUAUUGUGAUACAUACUGUAUGGAGAACAUGGAUUCAUGAUGGUGCUCAGGAACACUGAGCACAGUCACACUCACUCCCAGCCUUCAAGCACACCUUUACUUUUUUUUUUUUUUUUUUUUUUCUUUCUUUCAUUUUUUAUCUAACUAGCACAUUGUCAGUUCUGUGAGAACAACAUUCCUACUAUAAAUACUAUAAUAGGACAUGCAGGACGUGCUGACCAGGAUGGGAGGUUUUGGGAAUAACUGCAUAAGGCAAAGGUUUGUUUUCUGUUUCUGUGAGUCUGUCUGGGUCUGUUUGUGUGUUUUAAACUCAGGAACAAAUGGUUUGGUCUGCAGUAUUAUAUCGCAAUCCUUUAUAACAGCUUAUAAACACUGACAUGCCACACAACACAACACAUUCCCAGCUUCGGAAAAGGAAUUUCACACAUUAUCAGGCUUCCCUCAAACUCUGAUACUACAAGCCGCCUUGCCAUGAGCACUAUGUCCAAUGUUCAAGCUCAUUCACAGUGUAGCACCUCACAAUUUAUUAUACAGGUAUUGUGGGUGUUUCCUGAGGUAACACUUCUUCAUUAUUUGUGAUAAGUUACUUACUGCUGUCCUGUGACUUUUAGCGUGUCGUGUAUUACUUAUCCAGAUCCACAUAACAAGAAGGUUGUGUAAUUAUCAACCAUUAUCAGCUUCCAGAAAGCAAAGGAAGAGGAUAUCAGGUCUUGAUUCGCAGUCAUGCAUUUUAGAGUUCCAGGAUAAGUUUCUCAGACCUAUUCAGGGUUAGUCCUGACCUACAUUAAAGUAGUAAAUCUCUGUUUUAAAAAGCUAGUGGUCCAGCGGGGUAAGCGCUGCCACUAUGAUCAUGAAAUCGCCGGUUCGAAUCCUGUUUAUGUAGCUUGCCAUCGACUACCAGAGCCCUGAGAGGUCACAAUUGGCCUUGCUCUCUCCCCACAUCACUCCAAAGGGUGAUGUCUGCAGCACAAGGCACAAGUCGCUGCGCUUUCCUCCAAGCGCGCUGUGAUGCUACUCGGCGGUGCUACAUCAGCAGCAGUUGGAAAAGAGAUGGUGGCUGACUUCACAUGUGUCAGAGGAGGUGUGAGCUAGACUUCACUCUCCUGGUGUUAAGCUAGGCUUGACCCUUGUUUUGUGGUUUCCCCAAACAGGCAUUAAACCUAGACAUGAGGAAUGCUUAACAAACCCAGAUUUUUUGAAUUACCCAAAUUAACCAAACGUGGCUCUGACAAUAUUAGCCUGUCCAAUAAAAAAAGGGUUUAAGUGCUGUACAUUCCUAUUGGGCAGUCCGAUACGGACAUUUUUCUUCAUUUUCAUUAAUUCAAGUUGGUCCUAAAUGCUUGGGUUAGAAAAUUUAAAAUUCCAUACGCCUCAGAGGCCUUGUGUUACCGGUUUGUUUUUAUCAAUGUUGUGGUGUUUUACAUGCGUGUAUUUAUUUGUGUGGGUGUGGCCUUCUGUUCUGUUUUGUUGUGUUGUUUUGGUUUGUUUGUUUGUUUAUUGUAUGCUUUUCAUUCCAGAUUGGAGCCUGACAACAGAAGUCCUCUGUGAUCUUUUGCACAAUUCCUUUAAUCACUGUGGUUGUAGCGUAUUCCAUAUUAUUUAUAUGAAAACGCCUUUCAGAGGGUUUUUCCUUUCCUUGUGUGCCUGUUUGUUAUCUGCUGUUCAUUUAGGCACCUGUAUUUGGGAGACGGUUACACUAACCCUGUGUUUUUUUUUUUAUGUUUUUCUUUUUCUUUUUCUUUUUUUUGUUUGGGGAAAAAGAUCUAAUUCUAGAAACAGGGUUCUGGAGUUGUUGCAAAUUCUCUUAACUAAAGCACAGAUUUAAAUUCUUUAAAUGUGAAAUUUCUGUACUACGCCGCUUUCUCAAAGGUGUAUUAGAAGUGUGCUGUGAUAUUAUGCAGCAGCAGCCUGUCCUGGAUGUAGCUCCCAAGGAAAACUUGUAAUGUCAUUAAAGGUGGGCGUGGCCUCGUUUGUUUUACCUGUUUACUGCAGCCAGCUGUUGCUGGCAUCGGUUAAUAUACUGAAUCUAAUGGACCAAGUUUUGGAGGGAUUUUUUGGGAUACUUGGUCUGGCUUAAUGGUUCUCAAAAAAAGAUUACAGUCCCAAUUUUUCUGGAUCUGCUAAAGGAAAUAGGAUGACCAAUCAAUCAGUGGGACUCUCUCUGAUGAAGACAGAUGGCGGCCAUUUGUAGUUGAUGUUUGGACUACCGAAGUCCUGCAAUGGAGGGGAGGGAAAGGUGUUCAGUUACUAAACUUACUAGAUGAUUAAAAUUACUGACAGACAACUUGCAUUAUAUCCAUGAUAUAUGCUUUUUUUUUCAAUAAACUUGAUAAAAAUAAUAUUAA